UUUUUUUCUUUCGUAAAUUAUUUAACUGACUCAACGUAUUAAUUUAUUAAAUUUUUAGAUAAAUAUAAAUACUAUAUUAUAUGAUGUUUAAAUCAUUUCAAAUAUGGAAUUUGUUAAAUAUUUUUUUGCUAUUAAGCAUAACUCAAAUUACCUAUUCAGUCCCAAAUCAAAAUUGGACUUUUUGGAAUUAUUCAAAUAAUGGACAAAAUAAAUCUUGUGCAAAUUAUUGUAUUCUCACUUUUUCUAUCAUAGGAUUUGUAAUUUUAUUAUUAAUCAUAUUUGCGAUUUUGAUUUAUUAUCGCAAGAAAAAAAGUUUAGAAAUUAGAAGGAGUGAUAGUAUGUCAGAAGUUUAUACUGGUUAUUAACGUUAAUAAUUAAUAAUAAAUUAUUUUCUUUUCGUCAUUUAAUGACAGAAAUAAAAAAUAUAUUUUGUUACGUUUAAUAUACAGUAAUGUUUUAUACGUUAAACAUGUUUAAUAUGUUACAAAUUUUUU